CUGAUACUCCUGUUCAGUGCUUCAACAAGCCUACACUUCAGCUACCAAGACAGCCCCCUCGAGACGAUUUACGGCACGCUCCCACCCAAAGAUGAUGUUCCGCGUCGCUCCUCUAUGCUUCGCCGUACUCUUCUCGCGGCACGCUUCUGGCGUACCACACCCACAGCCAAACUCAACAUUGCUCGCGAACAACACAAUCUGUAACUCCACCGUCCGCCUCUGCGACGGCGAUCUCAAUGCUGCCGACCCUCCCCCGAUCGGUUCGGGCGAAUACGUAUGCCACGAAGUUUACCCAACCGAUCUCACCGUCAUCAACGCGCGCUACCCCGAUUACGACGUCGACCACCUACACCAAGCCAAGCAGUUCUUCAUGCUACGUCGUCAGGUCAAAGAUGCUGGAGAGAUUGCCACGCGAGUACAGUUUCAAGGCCUACCGAAUAGCACGUCGAACUACACCUGCCGUCUCGAAUUCGUCCUCCCCCGCCCUGAGCUCCAGAAGAUUUCUGGCCCGAACCCGAGCUUUUACGUAUACCAAGUCGAGCGGGAAGCCGGUGCGAUCGCUACAUGGAAUACAUAUGAGGCAGAGAAGAACGCCUUGUUGUUCGGUACGGUCAACGGCGAAAGCCAGGCGCUUGAGAGGACAAGGAGUGUCGGCGGGGUUGCAGCUGUCGACGAGACGGCUUGUAACGAGACAAUGUCGUUUAUGAUGGCAAUGAUGUACGACAGCCCAUCAGCGCCGAACUACUGGGAGUUCUCGAACGUUGCGCCUCCCGCGUUCCCGAUACAGGGGUUCAGGAUUGUAUACGGGUGUUGAGCGAGGAGUUAGUGCAUAUGGUGUAGUCAUGAGAUGGGGCCGAAUGCCAUGUGAAGUAGCAGCUAUUCUGAUCCUACUGUUUUGAAUCUUUAGCCUUGCUCGUACAACUUCUGCC